AGCAGUCUUUUCUCCCCACCUUUCUUGACGAACGCCCUGCUCGUCAAUCUAAGGGCGCGGCUCCACAUUCAUUACAUGGUUGGAUGGUCCGUUUCGGCGAUGGUCAGCAAAGGCCGGAGCCAACUUUUGGCUGCUUGUCGUGAUAGCAAGACCGAGCAAGAUAUACGAUGACUCUUCCUUCGCUUCUCCCGCUUAGCGAUCUUCAUCGUCUUGCGUCCGGCCUUAGCGACAAGCGGAGCAGUGUAUGCAAAUCAUAUCGUAUAUGGACAUUACACGUUACAAUAACACCCGCAUAUUGAGCCCAGUCAAUGAGGGAGAGCGCUUGUCGCGUGCUUUAGUUUCGUUUUCCCGUUCGUCACCUUGCUUACUCGAACCUUAAGAAGUAGUAGAUAACGCCCUUUCACAAUGACGACCAUCGACGAGCUCCAAGAGAUGGAGUUCGUCAACUGGGAGGCUGCCGUAGUUGGCACCUCCCUUGAUCCUGUGACAACAUCAGAGGGCGCAGCCGGUACCUUCGAUUCUGUCGCCGCAUCAUCGGAGCAGCCAAACAUGGAUCUCAUGUUCGGAGACGUUGAUGGCGACGACUGGUCAUACUGGGCCCUCGAACAUUUCGAGUCUACUCAAAUGCCACAGGAUAUCGACAUGUCGGCUCUCCCAGAACCGGAACCUGCGGCAAACUCGCAGAUGUACUGGGAGACACCGGAGGCCCCUUGUACCCAUUGCGCUGUCGGAGGCUACCAAUGCAAGAGAAUCCGUGAAGGUAAAUAUAAAGGUUACUGUACGAGCUGCGUUGCCCUUCGAUGCGAGUGUAGCUUUGGGCCCCUAGACAAUAACCUGACUGCCGAGGCGGGUGCGACUUUUCCCGCGAACCCCUGGCCGAUCAUGGGCGACAGACCGGCGACUUCUAUUCUCCACGAAGAUGAGUUGACUACCAUGGUCACUUCAGCUCCGCCUGCUCAUUGCCUGUUUUCCGCCUCGGAAAAUAGACAGUCACCGCCAAAGCCCCAGACUAUGCCGAAGAUUGGCGCUCGGUUUUCCCGGGAGUCAGUCAAGAUUCUCAAGAAUUGGGUUGUAACACAUAGCAGACAUCCGUAUCCCACCGAGGAGGAAAAGGAGGGCCUACAAAAGAUCACCGGCCUUAGCAAGACACAGAUUACCAACUGGCUAGCGAAUGCUCGCCGCCGGGGCAAGAUUCAGCCAACUAGAGCGACAUCACCCCACGUCGGUCGAGGAUACGCCCAGGCCAUCGAUAUUCCACAGCGGAGAGGCACACCGGGACUUCUUGAAAACAUGAACCCCUUGCAGCGUUGGGCCAAUUCGCCGCCAGAGAACGAACCGGCGUCUGUCGCAGCUAUCGCCAGAGCCGUCUCGGAUUCUUCUAACUCGUACUCACAAACCUCCGGAUCUGGUCGAAACAGUCCGUACGUCUCCAAUUACUCGGACGAUGGGUCUAGCAAGUCGUUGUGCAACCAGUCGUCUGCUAGCAGUCUUGGUACUUCUCAUUCAAGCGGUGGCUCUUUCGCAUCCGCGUACUCGAGCAAGUCACAUGGCUCUUUUGGGUCCUUGCCAUCAUUCGUCCGGACUCGAGGGCGACGUCGCCGCCGUCGAGCUCCACCUAAGCGAGCUGACGAAAGCCUAAGCCAGCCGCUCAAAACUUUCCAGUGCACAUUCUGCACCGAAACUUUUAGGACUAAACAUGACUGGCAGCGGCACGAGAAGUCGCUGCACCUUUCUCUCGAGCGGUGGAUAUGUUCCCCCGACGGGCCACGGUUUGUGAAUCCAGAUAAUGGACUGAUGAGCUGUGUCUUCUGCGGCGAGGUGAACCCUGAUGACGCUCACGCCGAAUCCCACAACUUUUCCGGAUGUACCGAACGAACGCAGGAAGAAAGGACAUUCUACAGGAAAGACCAUCUCCGACAACACCUCAAACUUGUGCACAAUGUGAAGUUCUUGCCGUGGGCGAUGGAUAGAUGGCGAGUGGCCUCUCCCGAGAUCCGAUCGCGAUGUGGUUUCUGCGGCGUCGUGCUCGAUAGCUGGACGAUCAGAGUGGACCACCUGGCCGAACACUUCAAGACGGGAAACACUAUGGCUGACUGGAAGGGUGACUGGGGUUUUGAAGCACCCGUUCUUGAGAUGGUGGAAAACUCCAUCCCACCCUAUUUAAUUCACGACGAGAGAAACACGCCGCUACCUUAUAGGGCUGGCAGUGGCCCGCUGGCGACACCGACCAAUGCUUACGAACUUCUCAAAAUAGAGCUCCAGCACUGGAUAUCGAAUUUCGCGGCGGAAAACGGAAGGAGGCCGACCGACGCUGAGAUACAGGUGGAGGCUUGCAGUAUUAUUUUUGGCUGCGAGACGCAAUUGAGGCCCAAUCACUGGGAGACUUCUUCGUGGCUGCGAGAUCUUGUCGUAUCUGCGGAAGAACAGGCUCGGACCGCUGCCUUCCGGCCGAUUCGGAACCCAUUAGACAAGCGAGUAACCUCGCUACGUAUCAAUGGCAAGGAGGAUAUCUUCGAAGCUUGCGAAUUCGAGCAGCAGAUGCAGGAUUUUGUGAAGGCUAAGCAGCUAUUAGGUCUAACUGCUAUGGACCACGAGCUUCAGGUCGAAGCAUGCCGCAUCAUCAGUAGGAUGGAGGAGAAGUCCAGCAGCACCUCUGAAGACGUGGCAAAUUGGAUGCUUCGCUUGAUAUACGCCUCUCCGAAGUGGCUUGAAAAUUUCAAGACACGAGCGUCUUUACCGCGCACCGAAGACUUGGAGGAUGUUAAUACAAGGUCGAAAGAUCCCAAGACUAUAGAUUCGACCAUCCACAACUACAGUAGAUUAGAGCGAGAGCUCGCGGAGUACCUCCAAGUGCAGAGGUCGAUGGGCAUUGAACCCGGAGACGCCGACCUGCAGAGACAGGCCCGUAUCAUUAUCUACGAUACAGACGACGGAUGGAAUCAGACAGCAGCCGAUGACUUAGAUUGGCUUUCUCGUUUCAGACAGAGACACCCUCCUAACCAGACGCCGCCUACCACAUCGACAUCGAGCGGUUCUCCGAUCAGUUACCGACAACAAUCAAAGCCAUCUCCUCCAAACCAGACUGUAGUGAGGGACUCGCAAUACGUCGGACCUCUAUUUGAUAACCUACCGCCAUUCCGUGAUCAGCCCGGGCCCGGACUCCAUAGCAGCAUCAACAACUCUUCUAUCAAAACAGGUCCUUUCUUCCUCAACGACACAAACUGCUACCGCCGCCUGGCCCAGGGCCUCAGCCGCUUCGUAGCGUCGACCAUGUCCCCCAACAACCCGAACCGCCACGUGCCCACCGACGAGGAAAUCCAGUACCAAGCGCGAUGGCUAAUCUACGAUGACGACGACCCCUGGAACCAAACCGCAGCAGAUAACUUCGAAUGGCUGCAACGCUUCAAACGCGACGCCGGCAUCCUGCCCCCCUCAAGCGGGCCCGGCCUCGGCUCCGCCGAAAACAUCGCCUGGGCGCCCAGCGCCGGCGGGACCGGCUUCGCGCCUCCCUUCGUCGCGCCCAACCCAAGCUUACCCAUCGAACCGCUCUCCGCCUCGCCCACAGUCUUUCUCCGCGAAAACGCGAAGCCGUUCGGGCCCUCGGCGGGCGCGGCGAACCGGUUUCUGCAGAGCUUCGCGCGACGGUAUCCGGCGCCCGCGAAGGUGUUCUGCUCGCGCGAGCUCGAGGGCGGGUUGACGGCUUACGUGCGUCGGGAGAUGUCUAGGACGGGGGGAGGGGGGUUUCCGAGUGAUGAGGCGCUGCGCGAGAGGGCGCGGCAGAUCAUGGCUAUGCAGAGGACGAGCUGCGAUGACCCUGUGUUGUUGGAGAGGUUUAAGGCUAGUGUUAGGGCGGCGGGGACGUUUGAUGAGCCGCUUGCUAGUGUGCCGGAAGCUGGGGUUGGAGAUGGUGUUGGAGCUUCGACGGGCCCGAUGACGCCGGGUGUGGCGGCGGAUCUGGCGACUGUUGCUGGCGUCUCGUGUGACGGGGGGGCGGAUCCCGUGCUAGCGCUGUCGGGAGACAUGGACGUGGAUUUCCACUUCACGGAGCAGGAGAUGAAUGACUUGCUCCAGGAUGUGAGUCCUGAUUUAGGCGGUGCAUCGCUGAGCCCCGCGAACGACGGCAUGACUGGUGUUUCCGGGACCGGGUUUGGGCAAUAAUCGAAAAAUAGUAAUGACACUGGUAGCUUUGGGAACGGCCGUUUCUUCUUUUCUUAUUCUCUUGGCACAUUAGAUACCAUUUGGGAGCAAUAGCAGUUGAUUCUUUUAGGAUUGGUUAAGAUAGGGGUAAGAUUAGGCGUAGGGGAAUUGCAUUUUGAAAUUGAAUUCACAACUCUUGAUAAUCCAAAAAAUUGAGAAGUAUCGUAAGCAAC